AUGAGCCGCCCUUCAUUUAUCCAGCUCCUGGUACUCAGUACCAUACCCUUCUCUCCUGUCGAUGCUGCACGAUAUCGUUUCUAUGGAGCCAAUGAUGUCAAACGCAACGCGAAUGACUUUGCAAAGCGGGAUGUCCCUCUCACUCUCGCCGACCCGGUUACUGUCACGAUCUGUGAUAGCUCGGUCUUGAGUUCCGCCAUUGCGUCUGCUACUUCUGCAUUCGAAGAAAGCUCGAGUGCCGAUCUCAGCUCUGCACUAGCAUCUGCCACUUCAGCAUUCGAGGCUAGCUCCAGUGCAGAGAUCAGCUCUGUAUUAGCAUCUCUGACUUCGGCGCUCGAGUCCAGUUCUAGUCUGGCAGCGCAGUCUUCGUCUGCCCUUGCUGAAUCAUCUUCCUCUUUGUCCAGCGCCAUUGAGGUCUUCUCUUCGAUCUCUGCAUCUGCCGCCGCCUCCUCGGAAUUGCCUUCGCUCACUGAGGUGUCCAGCACAUUCGUUGCAGAGCCUUCUUCUCUGGUUUCAUCCGUUGAAGCUUCUGCAACCGAGGUUCUUUCCAGCACUGUCGAAAGCUCCUUCGCCUCAUUCGAGACGUUUGCUCCAAGUUCAGUCCUCGGUAGUGCAUCCAGCAUCGAACCAAGCUUUGUGAGCUCGUCUGUUGUGGAGAGUACUUCCGAGGCCCCCUCGUCGACCGAGGUUGCUGUCUCGGAGUCUUCCGCUCUACCUUCGCUGUCAACAGAGACCAUUCCAACCAGUUCCGCCCCUGAGAGUUCUGUCAUCGAAACCUCAAUACAAGAGUCUUCUCUCGUUGAGACCUCUAGAGAUGCUGCGUCGACCACAGUCUCGGAUAUUGUCAGCUCUACCGUAGAGCCAUCCACAUUCGUAACUUCGGUUGCUUCGUCCAUUACAUCUGUUGAGGUCGUCACCUCAGUCAUUGAGGUCUCAACCUUCGCCAGCUCUGAAUCGACAUUGGCUGCUAGCUCUGCAGAGUCGAGCAGUGAGGUGUUCAGUUCCAUCUUGUCGACGUCAGUCUUUGAAAGCUCUGCUUUCCCUACUUCAUUCUCAUCCGAGGCGGCUAGUACCUUUGUGGGAAGCUCUACAGCUGAGACUUCGGAAUCUGCAUCAGAGACUGGUCUGUCGUCCUCACUCGUUGAGUCGAGUGCCAUUGCUUCAUCAACUGAGGUUUUGCCGACGUCCGUCCUCGAAACUUCCACAGAACCGACUUCGUUCUCGAGCGAGCUGCCUAGCCCUUCUGUGGGUAGCUCUGUCGUCGAGACUUCGGAAGUCGCAUCGGAGACCAUAUUCUCGUCCUCAGUUCCUGAAUCGAGUGUAGUCUCUAGCUCCGUUGCUUCUUCAACAGAAGUUUUAUCAUCGUCGGUGCUGCCAUCCAGCGUCGAGUCUAGUGCAAGUUCUAUUCCUUCCACAGAAUCAGUGUCUACCUCGGACAUCUCGACUCCCAGCGCAUCUGAGUCAGUCUUCGUCCCAAGCUCAACAUUCAUUCCAGAGAGCUCAUUGGUCCUUUCUACUGCUGUGGAAUCUAGCACUGAGGUCAUUUUCACUUCCAGUGCCGUUGUUCCAGAAAGCACUGCUUCCGAAGUCACCACAAUUGAGUCUUCCGCUCUUGCUAGCUCUACAAUUGAACCAGGGGCAUCAUCAACGUUUUCGUCGGCCCUUGUUAGCUCAACUGCCGUAUCUGUGGAAUCAUCUUCAAUCGAGCCAUCGCUUGCAAGUUCCACCGAGGUGCUUGAGAGCUCGACUUCUUCUGUCGCUGUGGAACCAAGCUCUGUGAUUCCUUCGACUGUUGCAACUUCUUCUAAUCUUCCCGAACCCAGCUCGAUCUUCUCAUCUGUCUUCACUACCCCAAUUGAAACCUCUUCAUUCGCUAGCUCGACAAUUGUCCUUGAACCAUCUUCCACAUCCGUACCAGAAUCCUCAACUGGAUCAGAAAGCAGUUCGGUCUUCUCCGCAACAGCUGAAUCAUCUUCAUCUGUUAGCUCGACGAUUCUGGAAAUCUCGUCCACGCUUGUGCCAGAGCCUACUUCCUCCAUUUCCUCAGCUAUUGCACCUUCUUCUGAUCUUCCAGAAAUCAGCUCGGUUUCCUCGACUAUUCUUGCAACCUCGGUAGAGUCAUCUUCAUCUACUAGCUCAACCAUUGAGCCCGAAUCGUCGUCUACAACUUUACCAGAGCCCACUUCGUCGAGCUCUUCUGUCUUUGAAUCGUCCACUGAGAUCCCAGUAUCCAGUUCGAGUUCUUCAUCCAUUGUAUCUUCAAUUGAAUCGUCGACAGCCAGCUCCACGACUGUACCAGAGGAGACAUCUUCAUCUAUUAUUUCAGAGACCAGUUCGACAACAUCGACAACUUUCAGUACGAGCACGACAUUUUCAACUUCCACAACUUUAUCCAGUUCUACGACUUCGUCUAGCUCUACAGUAUCUUCAUCUUCCACGAUCUCCUCGUCUUCCAAAACAUCUUCAUCUUCCAAGACAAGUUCUUCCAAGACAUCUUCAUCUUCUACGACAUCACCAACAGCGACUUGCACUUCCAAUGCAGUUCUUGUCAAUGGUGGUUUCGAAAACGGAACAUUUGCUGCGACCUGGAAGCAAGGACCAGCCCCAUACACAGCAGCGAAUGGACCGCCAACAAUCAAGAAGUCCUCUGAUACAGGAGUCCUGUCCUUCGGUACCAAAUACCUUGAAACUACGGUUGAAGACGGCAAAAGUGCUUGGAUUACUCAGGACAUCCCCAUCUGCCCCAAGACUAAAUACACCAUCUCUGGAUACGGUCAACUGGCCGUGGCUCCUGUCAAGGUCAAAGGGCAACCCACUCCUCCAGUGUGUAAGCUACAACUCUGCGAAGGCUUCACCAACAAGUGUACUCGCUUGGCAUCGCUCAACGCGAAGGGCUUCACCUAUGUUAGCACCACGUUCACGACAGCCAAAGCCCAGGCCCUAGUGCAGUUCCAAGUCAAGGUUGAAUGCCCACUUAUCACGGCCGGACAUGUCAACACGAUCUAUUUGGACGGAUUCAACUUUGUCAAAGCAUAA